CCAGAGAAAAACACCUCCUGCUAUAAAUCCUGCUGAAGAAAACAACCCCACAGAUCAAAUUGCAUCUUUCCCUUGUUUGGAAUGUUUUUUUAUUUCAACAGGGAAAAAGCAGCCAAAAUUCAUGCUUUUCUGCUUUUAUCUUUAGGCCACGGUCCUACAUUUGUAAUUUUUUGAUAGGAUAGAAGUAGUUUAAAAGAAGAAGGAAUAACUUAGUGGUGAGCUAAGAAGAAAUCAUAAUUAAAAAUCAGUGAUUUUUCUUGGUUUUGCUUUUAUAAAGGGGGUUUAAGGGUAGCCUGUGAAGGGCUGGAGGAGAGCACAGAGCUCUCCCUGAUGCACUCUUGGGUUUGGGGCUUGGCGCAGAAGAAGCUGCAGGGCUGAGGCUCCAGGUGCUGCUCUGGCAGAGGCUCUUUGGCAGCUGCUGGUGAGACAUCUGUGCAGAGAGGGGCAAGGACUUCCUGAGGUGAAGCCAGCCCUGCCACCAAGAGGUGACAGUGAGUGGAGAGGGGGAGCUGGCACAAAACCCCUUUGUCACCGCGUCCGCCAGCAUGGCCCGGCCGUGGCUCCAUCUCUGCAUCUGCCUCCAGAUCCCAGGUUUGUAUGCAACUCUACUUUUAACCCAGAAUCCAGAGCAUAUCCUGACCCAAACCAACAACAAAACAGAAAUCCUCUGUGAGCUGAAGGAGCAUGCCAGUGUGUACUGGUACCGCUGGAGCCAGGAGAGGCAACACUUCGAGUUCUUGGUAUUUUCUAACACACUGGGCAAAGCCACCUACGGCACAAAUGUGAGCCAGGACAAGUUCAGUGUCCAUGAGGCGAGGUCCCACAGCUCCUACAGCCUGCACAUCAGCCACCUGCAGCCCUCAGACAGUGGCACCUACUACUGCUCCAUCUCCCGGUCCUCCCAGCUCCUCCUGGGCGCUGGGACACAGCUCACAGUGGUUGAUGCUUUGCCUCUGCCUCCCAAGACCACACAGACACCACAGUCCAAAAAGCCUGUGUUGUGGAUAACCAAAAGCAAAGCUGCCAGCAGGGAAGGUCCCUGCAGUCCCCUGGUCUGGGUCCCUCUGGCUGCUGGUGUCCUGCUCCUCCUGCUGGGGCUGAUCCCCACUGCCCACCGCCUCUACCGUCUGCGCCGGAGGCUGUGGCUUCGCAUCCACAGGCAGUAAAUCCCAGCAAAUCCCAGCAAAUCCCAGUAAAUCCCACUGCCUUGGGCAGGCAGGGAGAGUCCACAGAGCCUCUCCUGCAUGAGGCUGAGCACUGCCUGGACAUGAUCCUGGAAGGACCUGGAAGGGGACAGAUGUGGGCUUGUAGCACAAAACAAACAUUUCUUUCCUGCAAAAGACCAUGACUGCAAUAUUUUCCUUGACACAACAGCUGAUAAAAGGACCAAGCUGGAUUCUGCAGCAUCCUGAGCACUUCUCAAAGGACACUGAGCAGGGAAAACAUCAUGGCUGGCUCUGCACAGGGGGAAGGAGCUGUGUACCACAGGGAUUCAGAUGGGCUGGAACGCUGUGAGCUCCUUGGCUUUCCUCUGUGUUCAUCUGUAGGACAGCACAAAAGUGAUUUUUUUUUUUGCUCCUGUUAAUACUGGUUGAUAAAAAUUUGGUACUGAGCACUUUGAAAGCAAUCAGCAGGGAUGGGGCAGAGGCAGCUUGUAAAGACCCUGUGCAGGUUUAUUAAAUACCAAAAGUAAAUAUGUCA